UAUAUUUGCCACGCCCCCACGUGACUUAACCAACGCCCCCUUAUUUUGGACCUCUGCAGCUUGCUCUGCAGAUUGGUAAUGUUUUUGCGACAAAAAUGAUUUGUCUGAACUGCAGACGGUUAAGACUUUAAAGUUAAAUAACAAGGUUCCAUCAUGGACAGUGAAAUGAAUCCUAACUGUUUUGGGGCCAUCAGCCCUAUCCAAAAAAUUGCCUUGUAUGAAACAAAAUCGCGUUUUUAUUUACUUGGAUCAAAUAAUUCACAAACAAGAUGCAGAGUGCUCAAGAUUGAUCGAAUGGAGCCAAAGGCGUUGAACAUCACUGACGACAACAUCCUUUAUUCAAAGGAUCAAAUCAAAGAUCUGGUCAACAUGAUCGACAGUGGCAACAGAAGCAAGACAGGCCAAAGAUCAACCGGGUCUGGCAUUUGUAAAGUUGUCUCGGCCUUUGGAAUAGUUGGAUUUAUCAGGUUCCUGGAAGGGUACUACAUAAUCCUGAUCACCAAAAGGACUAGGAUUGCUGUGAUAGGAAACCAUUCAGUUUACAAAAUCGAGGACACUUCCAUGAUCUACAUUCCGAAUGAAGGAAUUAGACAUUACCACCCCGACGAGUCUCGAUACGUGAAAAUGUUCCAGAAUAUUUAUCUUUCAAGUAAUUUCUACUUUAGCUACAGUUAUGAUAUUACCAACACCCUGCAGUGCAAUAUGACUCCAGUGACAAACUCGGACAUUCUGAAAGGUAAAAUAAAUUUAAUUUCAAUGAUAUUUAUGCAAAGUGGAAGCUCAGGUUUGCAGAGCGGAGAGCAAAACUUUGUCUUCAAGUGUGUUCCAAACGAGCGCUUCAUCUGGAACAACUACCUCCUGAAAGAUGCGAGAAGAAUUGUGCACUCUGAAUGGAUUAUUGAUGUUGUCCAUGGUUUUGUUGGGCAGUCGAAUCUCAGCAUUUACGGUCGCUCAAUCUACAUUACUGUGAUUGCCAGGAGGUCAAACAAAUUUGCUGGUACCAGAUUUUUAAAGCGCGGAGCAAAUUUCCAGGGAGACGUAGCCAAUGAGGUGGAAACUGAACAAAUUGUCCACGAUUCUAAACUGAACCGAUUUGAGCAAGGCUACUUCUCCUCCUUUGUCCAAAUGAGAGGAUCUAUUCCUACUCAUUGGAGUCAAACCAUUACAAACAUCAAACCAAAGCCUGUAAUCAGUAUCGACAUCCCUGAUCCUUUUGCGAUCACGGCAGGGAAUCAUUUCAACAAUCUGUUCCUGAGAUACGGCACCCCUGUGAUAAUUUUGAAUCUUGUGAAAAAGAGGGAGAAGAAAAAACAAGAGAGCCUUCUCAGUGAGGAGUACAUGAACUCGGUCAAAUACUUGAACCAAUUUCUGCCUCCUGAGCACCACAUCCAAUACACUAGCUUCGACAUGGCCCGCAAGAAUAAAAAAACUGGAGCAAACGUAAUGGGCUGGUUGGACGAGAUUGCAUAUAACGCCGUUUGCAAAACAGGAAUCUUCACAAGUAAUGAGAUCAAUGGCAACAGUGGUCCUUUCCAAGAGUUGCUGACAACUCUGGGGCAGCCAGGUGGAGGUCUCACGGGCAAAGGACGCUUGCAGUGCGGCAUCGUUCGGGUCAACUGUGUUGAUUGCCUGGAUAGGACAAACACUGCCCAGUUUGCUCUGGGACGUUGCGCCCUUGGGUUCCAGCUUUGUGCUUUAGGGGCGCUUAACAGGCCCAAGCUGGAUUUUGACACUGACUGUGUCCGGCUGCUGGAGAGCCUUUACGAAGACCACGGAGACACUUUGGCCCUGCAAUACGGAGGGUCUCAAUUGGUGCACAGAAUCAAAACAUACAGAAAGACUUCUCCGUGGACAUCUCAGGGCAAUGACAUCAUGCAGACCAUCAGCAGAUACUGUCGAAACACAUUUUCAGAUACUGAAAAGCAGAGAACUAUGAACCUGUUCCUGGGUCUCUUUGUUCCAAAAGACGACGAGCCACCCAUUUGGGAAAUGGCAUCCGACAACUAUCUUCACCAUCCAGAGACUCGAGGAGACCACAUUCCCGUGGAAUGUCCAUUGACUAAGUGGUGGGGUAAUGAUGUAAUGGAGGCUCUGCCAAGGCCACUUUACGUUCAGAACAAACCAAUCUUGGAAAUCUCUUGUGUCAAAAAAGGUGACGAACGAGUUGAUUGCUUCUUCGACUUCUACCGACCAUAUGAGCUGCACAACUUUGAUGAUAUGUUUGCAUUCAAAAUGACUCACUCUGUCAGAGAUUUCAUGCCACACUUUACAACUAACUGCAGUCCUUUUGUGAUUCGUGGGCGACCAGGAAAACACAGAGAAGACACUACAAAUAAAAACCCAAUGCGGAAUCCUUCUCUGACUGGGAGCAGCUCCACCAGCUCCACUACCUCGAGCACCAGCUCAAGCUUUGAGUCAGAGUCAGAUGGAGAAGCAAGUGGAGACUUCGAAAUUGUCGAAAAUCCAUCUAAUAAAAGUGUGACUAGCUUCAGGGCCCUCUUUCCUAGCAUGGAAGAAACAUACGGAACUCGAGUUAAGGAGCCAGAAGCCAAUGAUAUUGCAAUAUACGAUCGGUACGCUAAAAUGCAUCAAAAGUCUCAAUUUUUGGCUGAUACGCCCCAUGUGAUACAACCAGUCAAAGUUCAAGUGUCUAGUGAUUCUCUCCAAGUCUACAAAAACUACGUCGCCAUGAGAAACAGAAUUUCAGUGACUGUGCCUCAGGACUCACUCAAAACUUACCAGAACUACGUCAAAAGUCUUCAGGGAGAAACCUGUGUUAUUUGAAGGGUACAAAUUAGGUUAUACGUACUGCGCGAUCGUCAAUCUCCUGCUGACUUUCCUCCUCAGAGCUGCUGUUUUCAGGACAAACCAAUUCAAUCAAUACCACUCCAAAAACCAUGACACUAUAGUUACUCAUAAAUAUAGGACGUACAAAAAAAGGAACAAUUUACACUACUUAAAUAUGUACAAGAAAAAAAAUAUAAAUUCCAUGUAAUUUAAAUUUCAUGUUUCAUGCAGCUAA